UUUAGUGUUUUUUGUAACAUUAGUUAUAUUUAAUAAUGCUGCAGGCAAAUGACGAUGCACAAAUCGGGGUGCACGGCCCAAAGGUGCAAAAUAAACUUGGAAAAUGUCCUUUUAUGAAGAAAUUAGACCCAGUUGGUCAAACUGAUGAAACUAAUCCAAAUGUACCUUGGAAAAAAUGUGGUAACACCAAACAAAGAAGAAGCAAGUCAUGCAGAAUGAUGUGUAAAACAAAGAAACAGCAAAGCUUAUUGAAUAAUAAGUGUAAAGUUCAAGAAAAAGUUUGCUGCAUUAAAAAUCGCAUUGGGGUGUCAACAUUUUGCCGAGCUUUCCCGUUUCACCUGAUUUUCAAUAAAGAGUUAGAACUUCUGCAAGUUGGAGUUGCUUUCUUGCGCGUCUUGUCGUCAGAUAGAGCAGCAAGUGUGGUUUAUGGGAAAAAGUCAAAAUUACCACGAACUUUAUUUAAUGACCAAUUUUCAAUCGUGUCGCCAGCUUUACAAACCAAUGACGUAACUUUUGAAACUCUGCUUCAAUUUGUAAAUGAACCGUUCACCAUCCAAUUAAAGAAACAGGAAAAUCCAAGCUCGCAAUAUAGUAACACCCCUCUUAUGUCAUGCGGAUGUUCUCCAGAAAGCAAAGACAAUAUCUCUACACAAAUUAUUUCUGGGAUGGACAUCCGUGGACAGAUGGUUUAUGUUGAAGAGAGCAAAGCCAUGUUGUUCCUUGGAUCACCUAACUUGAGGAAACUUGAGGAACUGAACAAAACAGGGAUGUUCAUUUCAGAUAUUCCAAUACACGAUGCCACGCGUGAUGUUAUAUUGGUGGGGGAACAAACUACAGCGCAAGAAAGCUUGAAAAGAAGGAUGGAUAAAAUUAGAGGGACUUUGGAGGAAAACAACAACGCAUUAGAGCAAGAAAGAAGGUUAAACGUUGAUCUUCUUUAUUCUAUCUUCCCUGUUGAUAUUGCUGAAGACCUUUGGUUGGGAAAGCAAGUUAAAGCACGACAGUUGCAGGAUGUGACGAUGUUGUUUUCUGACAUCGUUGGCUUCACUUCCAUCUGCGCGACUUGUACGCCAAUGGAAGUUAUUUCAAUGCUGAGUAACUUGUAUGUUCUGUUUGAUAAACAAUGUGGAAUAUAUGAUGUUUAUAAGGUUGAAACCAUUGGCGAUGCUUACUGUGUGGCUGGUGGUUUACAUCGGGUCACAGACACACACGCACACCAGAUAGCUUGGAUGGCUUUGUUUAUGAUGAAUUGUGCGGGGACAGUAUACACUCCAACAGGGCUGAAUAUUUCGAUGAGAAUAGGCGUCCACACAGGUUCUGUAGUUACUGGUGUAGUAGGGACACGAAUGCCUCGUUAUUGUUUAUUUGGUAACAAUGUUACUUUGGCAAAUAAGUUUGAAUCUCACAGUGAAGCUGGUCGUAUUUAUGUCAGUCCUACUUCAUACAAGUUCCUAUGUAAGGACCCAGGGUUUAAGUUCACACCACGCCCAAGAGACAAGCUACCAGCUGGCUUCCCAUCUGAAAUACCUGGCUGUGGAUAUUUCCUUGAUGAAUACACACUACCUGUGGAUGAGAAACUAAUCAACCAACUCCAUUCAGAUAUCUCAUCAAGGAAGGAUAACGGAUUGCUUGAAACAAACUUAUAAACCAAACAAUUUUGAAUGACUUGUCUUAUUGUCACCAUGUUAUAACAUGUACCAUGUGGGGACAUUAUGUGAUUUUUCCUUAGCAUAAAUAAUACAGUAGGGUGGAGGGAGAUGGGACACCUUUUCAUUCUAUUUUCUUGUUCUAUUUGAUAGCAAACAAAGAACAUUCAAAGAAUUAUAAUACCAUAUCCUCACGACUCCCAUAGACCGUUGUUAAUUGUUUAAUACACGAUCAGGAUAUUUGGAUAUUAUGUAAGUAAGGUGUCCCGUCUUCCCCUACCAUGCUAUAUAUGCUGUAACCUUUAACUUUAACCACUGCUGAUUCCUGCACUUUGCACUUUAUUAUGAUUCCAAUCAAAAUCACUUUGCACAAACCAAUCUUCUUCAGUUUAACAUAAUAACUUCAUUAGAGCGAAAUAGGAAAUUUCUUUUAUUUUUUAUAUCAAACUUUAUUGUAGUAAUUGUGUUAUUUUCUUUUGGGAUUUACACAUUAAGUAUACACAUGCACGAGGUGGGAAUAAAUGUAACUUGUUUAUCCUCACAUGGUGGAAAACGACAGUCGUUAUAACACGGGUGACCUGUUCCAUACACUUCGUGCUUGAUUACGAGUUACAUGUAUGUAACUUUGAGUAUUCAUAACUAAAUUUACGGUUGUAUGAAACAGAACACCCAUGUUAUAACGUCACCCACCACGCGAGAAUAAAUAAGUUAAUUUAUUCAACCACCUAAAUGUAGCAAAUUCAUUUUCAUUGCUCUUUAUGCACUAAACUUACUUUAUUCAUUUCAUCAUAAAUGUUUCGUGAUUUCUUCAUCAUAAAUAAUCAUGUGAAACCUAUUUUAUUUGUGAUUUCGUAUAUGAUUCUCGUGUUAGCUGUAUUUCAUAAAUUUCGUGAUUCGUUUUAUGUGAUUCAUAUUAACAUUCAUAUGAUUUCAGUGUUACUGCACACGUGAUUUUUGUAGUAAAUUAAUGAUACAACUAUUCCAUACAUUUUAAAACGGAA